AUGGCAGCGGAAGGUGGUGGCGCAAGCCUGCGCGGUCGGAGCCUCCGCGAGCUGCGGGAGAUGCUGAGGCGGCAGGAGCGGCUGCUGGCGGACCGGAAAUUCAUUGCUAGGCUUCCAGAUAAGGGUAAGAAGAUAUCUGAUUUCGCUGAAAAACUGACACUUGCCAUUUUACAAGAGGAAGAAUUGGCAAGGACGGCUGAGCUGUUAUCUGCUGUCAGGUUGGAGUUUCAGGUGAAACAGGAUGAGAUUAAUACAAGUAAACAGCAAGUUAUCCUAAACAAGGACACACUAAGCCACGAAGAUUCCUCAGUCUUUAACGAAAACUAUAAUAUUAAUGAAGUUUCUGAGAUUUCUUCCCAAAGACAAGAGGCAGAACAUAUUCAGCAAGAUGCCUCAAAUACGGUUCCAGACAAUGAAAGGACUCAGAGGAAAAAUGAUAAAGUGAAGACUGUUACAAAAGAUCAGAAUCUUUUUUGUGAAGUCAUUUCCAAGUCAGCCACGAACAGUUAUCUCAGGAAUGAUCAGGAGGUAUCUCAGAGCAAUACAGAGGAUGGUACAGAAAGUACAGGUGCUUUGGACAACAGUAAAGAUGCAUUGGUUGGUGCCUUUCAAAAAGUUGCAAUUGUAGAUGGGGAUCAUAGUGAAAAAGUAUUGGAAAAAGAGCAGAACGUGGCCAAAUGUAUGGGCAAUGUUUUUGGAAGCCUGCACCCCAAGACACCACAUUACAUUGAAGUUCUAGAGUCUAGAGCCAAGAACCCAGUCAUAAAAAAACCCAAAUUUAAAACAAAUCAAAGUGGAUCAUCACAUGGUUCCUCAUCUAGUCAGUCACCUGGGGGAUUUGGCUCUCUGGUUAUUACUGAAGAAAGACGACUCAGAGAUAAGAAGCAUUUGAAUGACAUCACAGCAGCUCGACUGCCACCACUUCACCACUCCCCUGCUAAGCUGUUAUCCAUAGAGGAAUCCAUAGCAAUUCAAAUACAGCAAAAAGAAGCUUAUGAGGAAGUGCAAGCCAAGUUUGCAGCACAGAAGCUUGCAGAGAGACUGAAUAUAAAAAUGGUUAGGUUUGAACCAGAAGGAGAGGCCUUAAUGCAGUACAGAGAAGUGAGAGAUGAAGAUUAUUUUUCAGCAGAAGACUGAAUUCAGGAAGAGAUGUGUGAGGAUGAGCCAUGUAACCAAUCUUUGUG